AUGUUGACUCGUCUUCGCAGUGCGGCGGUGCGUGGGGCCGCUGGCGUACGUGCCGCCUCAGGGACGUCCACCACAGAUCACAAGGGUCGCGUCGGUUACGUCUCGCAGGUUAUCGGCGCCGUCGUGGAUGUGCACUUUGCGGAGGGUGUGCCGCCGGUGUUGACGGCGUUGGAUGUGGUGGACAAACUUGGCCGUGAUGAGCCCCUGACGCUGGAGAUUGUGCAGCACUUGGACGCCCACACGGGCCGCUGCAUUGCGAUGCAGACGACGGAUUUGCUUAAGCUGAAGUCGAAGGUAGUCUCGACUGGCGGCAACAUCUCCGUGCCUGUGGGUCGAGAGACACUGGGUCGCAUUUUUAAUGUCCUGGGUGAGGCUAUUGACCAGCGUGGCCCAGUUGGGGAUAAGAUGCGUAUGCCUAUUCACGCUGUGGCGCCCAAGCUGGCGGAUCAGGCGGCAGAGGACACCAUUCUUACGACUGGUAUCAAGGUGAUUGAUCUAAUUUUGCCGUACUGCAAGGGUGGAAAGAUCGGUCUUUUUGGCGGUGCCGGUGUGGGUAAGACGGUUAUUAUCAUGGAGCUUAUUAACAACGUUGCCAAGGGGCACGGUGGUUUCUCUGUCUUCGCUGGUGUUGGUGAGCGAACGCGUGAGGGGACGGACCUCUACCUGGAGAUGAUGCAGUCCAAGGUUAUUGAUCUCCAGGGAGACUCGAAGUGUGUGCUGGUGUACGGCCAGAUGAACGAGCCCCCAGGCGCUCGUGCCCGUGUGGCGCAGUCGGCGUUGACCAUGGCCGAAUACUUCCGUGAUGUCGAGGGACAGGAUGUGCUGCUUUUUAUCGACAACAUUUUCCGCUUCACGCAGGCUAACUCUGAGGUGUCGGCGUUGCUGGGUCGUAUUCCCGCCGCCGUCGGCUACCAGCCUACCCUUGCGGAGGAUCUUGGACAACUGCAGGAACGCAUUACCUCCACGACGAAGGGCUCCAUCACGUCUGUGCAGGCCGUGUACGUGCCAGCUGAUGAUAUUACCGAUCCCGCGCCAGCUACAACCUUCUCUCAUCUCGAUGCCACGACUGUGCUGGAUCGUGCUGUUGCUGAGUCUGGCAUUUACCCCGCCGUGAACCCGCUUGAGUGUGCCUCGCGUAUCAUGGACCCUGAUGUGAUCAGCGUGGAUCACUACAACGUGGCACAGGACGUGGUACAGAUGCUCACCAAGUACAAGGAGUUACAGGAUAUCAUUGCGGUGCUAGGCAUUGACGAGCUUAGCGAGGAGGACAAGCUCAUUGUGGACCGUGCGCGGAAGGUGACGAAGUUUCUCUCUCAACCUUUCCAGGUGGCCGAGGUGUUUACGGGUAUGACAGGCCACUACGUGCAGCUGGAGGACACCAUUGAGUCAUUCUCAGGCCUGCUAAUGGGUACCUACGAUCAGGUGCCUGAGAUGGCCUUCUACAUGGUCGGCGGCAUCACGUCAGUGCUCGAGAAGGGCAAGCGAAUGGCGGAGGAGGCCGCGGAGCUCGAGAAACUCCGCCGCGCUCGUGCUGCACAGGCCAGCCACAAAGACUAA